AUGCCUUCCCUUCCCAAUUCUGAUGAGCUGAUUUUUUUUGUAAAUGGAAAAAAGGUAACAGAGAAGAAUGCUGACCCUGAAGUCAAUCUACUUUUCUACCUGAGAAAAGUCCUCCGUCUCACGGGUACAAAAUAUGCCUGUGGGGAAGGCAGCUGCGGGGCCUGCACAGUGAUGUUGUCACGAUACAACCCCAAGACCAAGGCCAUCCACCAUUUCCCAGCUACGGCGUGCCUGGUGCCCAUCUGCUCCCUCCAUGGGGCUGCUGUCACCACGGUGGAAGGUGUAGGAAGCAUCAAAACCAGGAUUCAUCCAGUGCAGGAAAGACUUGCCAAGUGCCAUGGCACGCAGUGUGGGUUCUGCAGCCCCGGGAUGGUCAUGUCCAUCUACACGCUGCUGAGGAACCACCCUGAGCCGACCCCUGAGCAGAUAACAGAAGCCCUUGGAGGUAAUUUGUGUCGCUGCACUGGAUACCGACCCAUUGUAGAAAGCGGAAAAACUUUCUGUGUGGAAUCAACUGUUUGCCGAGUAAAAGGAUCAGGAAAGUGCUGCAUGGAUCAAGAAGACCAGUCUUUUGUGAAUAGACAAGAAAAAAUAUGUACCAAACUGUAUAACGAAGAUGAAUUCCAGCCCUUCGAUCCAUCCCAGGAGCCUAUAUUCCCUCCCGAACUGAUAAGAAUGGCAGAAGAUCCAAACAAGAAAAGGCUGACGUUCCAAGGGGAGAGGACCACCUGGAUCUCCCCUGUUACCCUGAACGACCUUCUGGAGCUCAGAGCCAGUUUCCCCACAGCCCCGCUUGUCAUGGGGAACACUGCAGUGGGACCCAGCAUUAAAUUUAGAGAUGAAUUCCAUCCGGUUUUUAUAUCUCCACUUGGGCUUCCAGAACUAUAUUUUGUGAACACCACGGAUGCUGGGGUGACAAUAGGCGCGGGGUACAGCCUGGCCCAGUUGAAUGAUGCCUUACGUUUUAUCGUUUCGGAGCAACCAAAGGAGAGGACGAAGACCUACCGAGCUCUCCUGAAGCAUCUGAGGACUCUGGCAGGAGCCCAGAUUAGGAAUAUGGCCACUUUAGGAGGACAUGUGGUAAACCGGCCUAAUUUUUCUGACCUGAACCCUAUUUUAGCAGCAGGAAACGCUACCAUCAAUCUGAUGUCCAAAGACGGACAACGGCAGAUUCCUUUAAAUGGCCCUUUCCUUGAGAAAUCACCUGGGGCCGACCUGAAACCGGAUGAGAUUGUGCUGUCUGUUUCUAUUCCCUUCUCUACUCAGUGGCACUUCGUGUGGGGACUCCGGCUGGCCCAGCGUCAGGAGAAUGCCUUUGCCAUUGUCAAUGCCGGGAUGAGCGUGAAGUUUGAAGACGGCACGAAUGUUAUCAAGGAACUUCAAAUGUUUUACGGAAGUGUUGCCCGCACUGUUGUCUCUGCCAGCCAAAGCUGCCAGCAGCUCAUUGGCAGGCAGUGGGACGACCAAAUGCUGAGUGACGCCUGCCGCUGGGUCCUGGCCGAGCUUCCCAUCCCGCCGGCCGCGGAGGGCGGCAUGGUGGAGUACAAGCGGACCCUCAUCGUCAGCCUGCUCUUCAAAUUCUACCUCAAAGUCAGACGAGGACUGAAUAAAAUGGAUCCCCAGAAGUUUCCAGAUAUCCCAGAAAAGUUCACAAGUGCUCUAGAAGAUUUCCCCAUAGAAACACCUGAGGGAAUGCAGAUGUUCCAGUGUGUAGAUCCCUGCCAACCUCCUCAAGAUCCAGUUGGACACCCAAUCAUGCACCAGUCGGCCAUUAAACACGCCACAGGAGAAGCCAUAUAUAUUGACGACAUGCCUCCUGUGGACCAAGAACUCUUCCUGGCUGUAGUCACCAGCACCAGGGCUCAUGCAAAGAUUUUAUCAAUUGAUAAGUCAGAAGCCCUGGCACUUCCAGGUGUGGUUGAUGUGAUCACAGCAGAGGACGUUCCGGGAGAUAAUAACCAUCAAGGAGAGAUUCUCUAUGCCCGGAAUAAGGUAAUUUGCGUGGGACAGAUUGUCUGCACCGUGGCAGCUGAUACCUACGCUCGUGCAAGAGAAGCAGCUAAAAAAGUGAAGAUCGCCUAUGAAGACAUAGAACCAAGGAUUAUCACGAUAGAGCAAGCCCUAGAGCACAACUCUUUUCUUUCCGUUGAGAAAAAAAUCGAGCAAGGAGAUGUGGAGCAAGCCUUUAAAUAUGUUGACCAAAUCAUCGAAGGUGAGGUCCACGUGGAAGGACAGGAACACUUUUACAUGGAAACACAAAGUAUCCUGGCUAUGCCCAAACAAGAAGAUAAGGAAAUGGUGUUACAUCUUGGAACACAGUUUCCAACCCAUGUGCAGGAAUUUGUGGCUGCGGCUUUAAAUGUCCCAAGGAGCAGAAUUGCCUGUCACAUGAAAAGAACUGGAGGAGCAUUUGGGGGCAAAGUGAGCAAGCCUGCGCUGCUGGGAGCUGUCAGUGCUGUGGCUGCCAACAAGACUGGCCGCCCCAUCCGGUUUAUCCUGGAGCGAGGCGAUGACAUGCUGAUCACUGCUGGCCGCCACCCACUCCUGGGGAGAUACAAAAUUGGUUUCAUGAACAAUGGUGUGAUCAAAGCUGCUGAUAUUGAAUAUUACAUCAAUGGCGGGUGCACUCUCGAUGAAUCUGAGACGGUGCUGGAGUUCAUUGUGCUGAAAUCUGAAAAUGCAUAUUGUAUCCCUAAUUUCCGGUGCUGUGGUAGGCCUUGCAAAACCAAUCUGCCAUCCAACACAGCCUUUCGGGGGUUUGGCUUCCCUCAGGGUAUGGUGGUAGUGGAAGCUUACAUAACUGCUGUGGCAUCUCAAUGUAACUUACUCCCUGAAGAGGUUAGAGAAAUAAACAUGUACAAGAGAAUUAGCAAAACAGCCUACAAGAAGACAUUUAAUCCAGAGCCCUUGCGAAGAUGCUGGAAAGAAUGUCUGGAGAAAUCUUCAUUCUAUGAUAGGAAACUGGCUGCAGAGGAAUUUAACACAAAGAAUUACUGGAAGAAGAGGGGGCUUGCCGUGGUCCCCAUGAAAUUUACCAUUGGGAUGCCCACAGCCUACUAUAAUCAGGCAGCUGCUCUAGUCCACAUCUAUCUAGAUGGCUCUGUCCUGGUGAUCCAUGGUGGCUGUGAAAUAGGACAAGGCCUAUACACUAAGAUGAUUCAGGUGGCUAGUCGAGAACUCAACAUCCCCCAGUCCUACAUACACCUGUCUGAAACGAGCACCACCACAGUGCCCAACGCUGUCUUCACAGCAGCAUCAAUGGGGACAGACAUCAACGGAAAGGCCGUGCAGAAUGCCUGCCAAAUUCUUAUGACCCGUCUUCAUCCCAUCAUCAGGAAAAACCCUAAAGGAAAAUGGGAGGACUGGAUUACAAAAGCCUUUGAAGACUCCAUCAGUCUCUCGGCUACUGGAUAUUUCAAAGGCUACCAGACCAAUAUGGACUGGGAGAAAGAGGAAGGCGACGCUUAUCCGUAUUUUGUCUAUGGCGCGUCCUGUUCUGAGGUUGAAGUCGACUGUCUCACUGGGGCUCAUAAGCUCCUUAGGACCGACAUCUUCAUAGAUGCUGCGUUUAGCAUAAACCCAGCCCUGGACAUUGGACAGGUUGAAGGGGCAUUUAUCCAAGGCAUGGGAUUAUAUACCACAGAAGAACUGAAAUAUUCCCCAGAAGGUGUGCUUUACUCUCGGGGUCCAAAUGACUACAAAAUUCCCACUGUCACGGAGAUUCCAGAAGAGUUCUAUGUCACUUUAGUGCGUUCCCGAAAUCCUAUCGCCAUCUACUCCUCCAAGGGAUUAGGUGAAGCUGGAAUGUUCUUGGGGUCCUCUGUGUUAUUUGCCAUCUACGAUGCAGUGGCUGCUGCCCGUAGAGAGAGGGGGCUGACCAAGACCUUCGCCCUGAGUAGCCCAGCGACUCCAGAAGUGAUCAGGAUGACUUGUGUGGAUCAGUUUACUGACAUGAUUCCUAGAGAUGACCCUUCAACAUUUACACCUUGGUCCAUCCAUGUGUCUUAA